AGGAGGCUGGGUCAUCGUCUUCCUCGUGAGCGUCCGCGCCCACCCACCUAACCCAAAGCCCACCUCGCCUCCGCCUCCCCUCCGCCUUCAAUUUCCACUCUCUCCUCUCCUCUCUUGGACUCCACUCGCCCUCGCGACUCCGCCCCCGCCAUGGACGCCCUCGCGGGGCGCCUAGCCGCGGCCUCCGUCUCCGACCACCCCUCCUCCUCCUCCGCCGCCGCCACCGAUGGGGCCAACGCCGACCACCUCCUCCACGUCAUGCGCGCCGUCGAGGGCGCCGAGGCCACCAUCCGCAACCAGUUGGAAGAGAAUAAUCGCCUCAAAGAGGAACUGAUGCAGAAAACGCGACAAUUGCAGAGGAUUCGGGAAGAUGCUGCAUCCCAAGCUUCUUCCAGUGGAGUAGCCCAAGACCGCCGCUCAUUCGUUGCUACUAAGAUGGAUGCGUCAAGGUCACCUGCCAGCGCUGCGUCCUCAGAUAAUUCCCGCACCCCCUCUGCCCUUCACCACAAUGGCGCAUUCGAAAGUGGAGAGCCUUCAAUGCAGCAGACCAUCAGGCAAAACAAUGCCCUGUCCAAUGGAGCAUCUAAAAGAUCAUCAGGGGAGCAGCCUGCCCUCGACAGCGCUGCCGUCUCACAGUUCUCUACUCCAUCCUCCCAUUCCCUUUCUCCUACUAGGCAUAGAAAAGAAGGCGAGCAUGAUCCUAGGUUGAACCUAGCUGGACAGGGGUUAUUGCCUGCUUCAGAGAUGGCCUCGAACAUGUCAUGGAAGCAUGAUCUUACUGCUAAGAUCAAAGAAAAUGAGGAAGAGAUUGCGCAAUUAAGAAAACAUCUUGCUGACUACUCAUUGAAGCAAGCACGGAUACUCGAUGAUAAAUAUAUGUUGGAAAGGCGCAUUGCUCAAAUGCGGAUGGCAUUUGAUCAGCAGCAACAAGAUUUAAUUGAUGCAGCAUCAAAAGCUUUAUCAUAUAGACAAGAUAUUAUUGAGGAAAACAUCCGUCUGGCAUAUGCAGUGCAGGCUGCACAACAAGAAAGGACAACUUUCAUAUCUUCGUUGCUGCCUCUUCUGUCUGAAUAUGAAAACCUGCAGCCUUCUGUUCUUGAUGCUCAAUCCAUCGUCAGCAAUUUGAAGGUUUUGUUUAAGCAUCUGCAGGAGCAACUUAUUAUCACUGAGGAGAAAUUAAAAGAGUCACGUUAUCAGAUUACUCCAUGGCAAACUGAAUUGGCGAAUGAUGCCACUCUUCCUGUACACUCACCUACGGAUCCUCUUGGAAAAGCAUUGGUGACUUCAAACAAAAGCAACCUCGAUAUUGUGACCCAGACACCGUACCCUCAUAUACAAUCUCCAAUGUCUUCCCCUGUUCAAGUUAGAGGUGAUUGGGGUGUAGCAGGGAACAAAAACCGUCAAGUCAUUCCAACUGAUGUUCCUCCAAGAAAUGUUGAUCAUGGUGACAUGGGAAGAAACUCUCUUUCAAGCAGCGUUGCCGUUGCGCAUGAUGAAAUAAUUCCAUUCUUAAGCUUAAAAUUCAGGAGGGAUGUUUCUUCUCAAGUAUCUCAGCAUGAUCCACAUUCUGUCCCAUUGGACUUUGAGCCCGAGAAUCAAAACCCACCAUUCAAGCACCUUAGUAGAAGUGACGUAUCGGAUGCUUCGGAGGGUGCUGAAGUCCAACAUGCACGAGAACAUUCUGCUCAUUGGGGUCAUGGAGACUCAGUUAAUUUGGUAUCCGGCAUUGAGGAUACAAACCCUUCAUAUCCGUAUCUUCCUACUGUUCUUGAGGAGCCUGGAUCUUCUUUCUCUGAAGCUGCUGAGGAUGAUCCACUGCCAGGCAUAGAGGGCCUUCGAAUCACAGGUGAAGCUUUUCCUGGAAGAGAACUCCAAGCAAGCGGGUACUCCACCAAUGGAACCACCAGUUGUAAUUUUGAGUGGGUGCGCCAUUUAGAAGAUGGCUCCGUAAAUUUCAUAGAAGGAGCAAGACAACCUAACUAUUUGGUUACUGCCGAUGACGUGGACACAUUACUAGCUAUUGAAGUACAGCCCCUUGAUGAUAGAAAAAGAAAGGGGGAAAUUGUAAGGUUUUACGCUAAUGAUCAAAGAAAAAUUACUUGCGAUCCUGAAACAAAGGAGCUUAUUAAGAGAACUCUUGAAACUGGUCAUGUAUCUUAUGAAGUCCAACUACCUCAGGUGAAAUUUUUAGAUAUGUGGGAACCAGCUAUUUUGGCAAUAAAGAGGGAAGGCUACAGUAUUAAAUGUACUGGUCAGCGUGGUGUUGUUCUCACAGAGAAAUUUCAGCAAGCAACUUCUAUUAAUAUUCCUUACGGGCGUCCGACAGAGUUCUUGAUUACAUCUGCUGAUGGUGUUGAAUAUAAUUUAAAGCCUGCAGAAAAUGCACUGCCGCGGGAUACCAUUGUUCUGGUUUUAAGAUUGUUCAGAAUUAUGGCUGUUGAGAAGAGGAGAGGAAGAAAGAAGAGCCUUUUCUUCAAGUAGGUUUGGCUCCUAUACCGUGGUGUAUAAUUUGUAUUCGUGAUUGGCUGGAUGUAUGUAAUUAAGCGGGUGAUAGGUUUGGCAUAUUCUUUCGGCUGUAUCUUCUGCUGUAAAGGACCAUAGGCGAUUUAAACACAAGGGCCCCAGGUGAUGGGAGUUUUCUUCUUCUUAUUUUUUUCCCUUAUUCCUUUUAGAAACAUGAGUUUUGUCGUUGCAAGGGAUGGAAGCGUGCCGCUGAUUAGAAUUGAAGCUAAUUUAUGCUAAUAGAAUGGAAAAGAUAAAUAGGCAAGUCCUAGGAUGCUCUGGAAAUAUUCCCUGCAUCGUAGGGUAGUGACCAUCAUCAGUUCACGGGUGACCUCCCUGCCUGCUGGUUACUUCCAACGAGCUUGCAAUUUUGGAGAUGACGCAUAGCAGUACCUGAACAUGUAUACAAGUAUAACUGAUGUAUCAUAUGCUGUGUAAUUAUUUGAGACGAAGUAGACUUGCAGUAGUUUAAGAUAACAAGGGCAUCUUAGUUAUUCCAGCGUGUACUGUACUGCUGGAAGAAAACACUUGCAUUAUUAGGCAGUUGUGCGUAGAAAUAAUCGUGGGUUGCAGUUGUGUCUACAUCCUAUGAACAUUCUGUGGAUGGUAACAUUGAGGCAGGCUAUGUCCACACCACACUACACUUGCCAAACGGAA